AUGCAGCGGCUAGGACUAAAGCCCAGCCCACAUCGCCAACUGAUUAUUCUCCACUCCUUUCUUGCUUUCCUCUUCCUUCCCAGCAUCGAAGCAGUUGGGAAGAACCAAGAAUCAAGAAUCAAGAAUCAAGAACGCACCUCGUUGCUUCAGUUGCGCUGCGCUCCGACGUGGUAUUUUCACUUCCUCGGGUCUCCACGCUCCUCCCGCGUCGAAAAGAUGAGCGCCCUCCCCAGCUCUUUCGUUUCGGGCUCCAUCAAGAAUCCACCCGGCAGCUUCUUCCCUGGUUUAAAGUCUGUGGACCGUUGCCCUAUGAAGUUGAGCUCUGGCAACAUCUCUCUUAAUAGCAGAUUUCAUGGAAAAGUAAAGCUUACCAUGCGUAGAAAUGCAUUUACUGUUCAAGCAACUCGGGAUGAUGGCAGACCAAGCAGUGCGGGUAUAUUUGUUGGUGGAUUUGUGUUGGGUGGACUUAUUGUUGGAGCAUUAGGUUGUGUGUAUGCACCGCAGAUAAGUAAAGCCCUAGCAGGAGCUGAUGGAAAGGAUCUAAUGAGGAGACUGCCGAAAUUCAUAUAUGAUGAGGAGAAAGCUUUGGAGAGAACUCGCAAGAUAUUGGCCGAGAAGAUUGAGCAGCUGAAUUCCGCCAUAGAUGAAGUUUCUGCUCAGCUGCGCGCAGACGAUCCUCCCAACGGAACUGCAGUAAAUUCGGAUGAGAUUGAAGCUUCCAUAUAAUGCCACACUUGUUCGAAAGUCUUUCAUGAAGUAGACCCCGGUACAAUCUUCUAUGUGAUCUGAUGUAAAAAAUUUCCUCUCAACUCGAUCAUUACGUUGAAGAUGAAAACCGGAAAGCGUGAGUGAGUGCCAGAGAGCCCUCUUGGGCAAGAAACUCUUUCUGCCGAGUCUCUCGCUGUCGUCCACAGUUCCCAGCAACCACUUAGGUCCGGUGAUUCGCCUUGUCAUCGCAUGAUCAGGUUUUGAUCCUCUCAUCAUACUAGAUCAGAAGUUUAGGCACAUUGAAUAUGACAUGAUCUACAUCAGUCUUGUCUGGCCG